AUGUAUAGUCGUGAUAAAAAUCAAAAUCCUUCUCCAACUUUUCCCUAUCCAGUACCUUCGGCAUCCUCACCUGUGUCAUCUAUUUCAAUCGGCUCUGUAGAAAAAAUUGAAAAAUCAGAUUCAGUACCUAAGUAUGAUGUUACUAUAAAGCACGCUGAUGAAGAUGCAAUUAGUGACGUAACAACCAUUGAAGAACCAGAUUCACUGCUAGUACCUCAAGCUAUUGUACAACAUGCUAGUGAAAAUCAAAUUAGUGACGUAACAGAAAUUGAAAAAGCAGGUUCAGUAUUUUUGUCUCAAAUUAUUGUACAACUUCAUAAUGACAAUACAAUUAUUGAUUUAAUACCAAUUGAAACAUCAGGCCCACUGCCUGAGUCUGAUACCCUUAUGAAACACGCUGAUGAAGAUGCAAUUAGUGAUGUAGCUCUAAUUGAAGAAGUAAAAGCACUACUAGUGUCUCCAGUUAUUGUACACAAUGCUAAUGAAAAUUCAAUUAAUGAUGUAACAGAAAUUGAAAAAACAGGUGUAGUGCUUAUGUCUCAAGUUAUUAUACAACAUGAUAAUGACGUCGAAACAUCGGCAACAAGUGAAGAAAAUUUUGUUGAAGUACGGACUGCAGUAUAUCGAGCUAUACGCAUAGAUGAAGCUAAUAGAAAAACAAACCAUAUGGUAAAUUCAACAGUUAAAGAGAUAAAUCAACUUCCCAGUAUUGUCCAACUUGUAAAGAAAGAUGACCAAUUCAAAAUCUUAGCUUUAGGACUAGAGGCUAUUGGUGUGACUGAAGAAAAUGAGAUGGAUGGUCCAUAUACUUUGUUCGCUCCAAAUGAUGAAGCUUUUAAUAAAGUACCGCAAGAGAUUGUUGAUCGUUUAUCGGAUCCAAAAAAUAGGGAGGAACUUGCUAUGGUGCUUGGAUACCACGCCGUCAUUGGUAGAGCCUUAACUGCAGCUCAAAUACAAGCUAUGAGUUUACCAGCACGAUUAGAGACCUUAGCUGGUGAUUUUGUCACAGUGACCAGGCAGAAUAAUCAAAUCAAAGUCAAUGAUGCAACAGUUAUUGCGAGUGACAUUGUGGCUAGCAACGGCAUUAUUCAUGUCAUCGACAAAGUUUUGAUGCCUCCAUCUAAAAAUGACUAG